AUGUAAUUGUAUUUAGUACAAGAAUCAGUGCUACCACCUGUAGUGCCGUAUGAAAUUAUUUCGUACGCAGUCGGUGAAUUUAUUUACAAGUACUAUUUUGCAACUACUUUGACAAUUAUAGAAUACAAUCUGCCGAACUUAAUUUCUGAAAUUGACUAAACAAAGUGAAGUGACAAAGUUGAAAAGCUAUUUCUUUGUUGUUGGUAUGUUAUGGUAACAGGUCCUUUCGACCUAUAGUAACUAUAGAAUAAAAUAUGGUCGUGCGUGUUGCCUAAACAGAUAGUAGUGAUGUGUGAACAGACUGAAAUUAACUAUUUAGACGGAGAUAUAGUAUGGGUGAAGCUAGGCUCAUGUUUCUGGCCCGGAGAGGUGGUGGGCUUUGAGAAGCUACCACCCGAUCUUCUACCAUCAUUUCGAAAGCCACCUAUUGCUGUUGUCAAGUUCUUUCAAGAAGAUACCUAUGAGUAUGUCAAAAGUCUUAGCAGUAUUUUUAAAUAUAACUGCAGUCGCAAAAAUGAAUUCAUCAAUAAAGGAUUAUAUAUGUAUCGAACAAAACAUGGACAUAUGGAGAAGUUUCCAGAAGAUGUAAUACGAGCUGAAACUGCAGUUGGAGGUGACAUAAGAAUUCUCACACGAGAUGAGUUUCAAGAAACAAAGAAAGAAAGUUAUGCAGGUCUUUUUGGGGAGCCAUCAAAGAAAUCACCUGGCUCCAUUAAAAAAGGUAAAAGCGGAAAGGGGAGGCUUGCAGAUUCAUCAAAGUUGUCAACACCUAUUAGAAAGUUUAAAGAAAAAACAAAUUACAAGGUACACAUCUUGCUUCAAGGUUCGAAAACUCUUAUUCAACCUAAUGAGAAUGUCUCAACACCUUCCACUAGCCGAGCUGGCUCCGAACCUUUAGAGAUGGCUGAAAAAACAGAAGAAAAUAAAAAUGAAAUGACAGAAAAACAACAGAAUGUUUCUACACUUAGCACACCAACUAUGUCUAGUUCAGGGAUAUAUGCAUGUCAUGCGUGUCAAUUUACAACUACACGUCUAAAUGUUUUAAUUUUACAUAACAAAAGUCAUAGUGUUACAUUUCCUUCAUAUACACCAUCUCCAGUUAGAAAGAAACAUACAAAACAAUCAAAUUCAACACCUCUUACAAGCAAAACGCAUAGACAAAAAAAGCAACGGCAAGAGAAAUCAGAAAAGGUAUCGAAAAAAUCCUUAAGUAAUAAACGUGCUGCAGAGGCUGGAUCUACUCCUGAUGCAAAGAAACUUAAGACUGAUGAGGAAAUUAAGAGCAGUCUUCUAGCUGAUUGGGAUGAUGGUGAUGACGAUUCUACUGAUGAAUCUGCUAUGGUAACUGCAGGAUCUCCUGAAGUUCCUAUAGCAGCAGAAUCUCCAGCAGUACCAACACCUGCAGAAUUACCAAGUGCUCAAGUCCCUGUAGAAAUAGUGUUACCAACCGAGAAGAAGUCUGAUGAUGUAUCUGGAUCAGAAAAACCAGAAUCAUCAAGUGAUUCAAAGUAUGAGUUCUGUGAAGAUGAAGACUGGCCAAUUGAAGCUGAUAUUGGCAGAAAAAUACCUCGUAUAAAAAAUCCAUCGAAACGAAAGGGGGAAACUAAAAGUGUUAGUGUUGAUGAAGAUGAAAUGGCAAGAGAAGUUGCUGAAUUACUUAAUAAAACAACUCUUCCAGAGCUACCAUCAGCGCCUGAGCCUUUAAAGGUCGAGGAAAAUUUUCCGGAACCUUCGAUCGUCAAAUCCCCAGAUAAAAAACAAGAGAGUUUACAAGAAGAAAAAACGCAAGAAAAAAAAAAUUUAAGUGAUCCAUUACCACCGAAAACAAUAUUUAAAACUAAGACUUUUUUUCGGAGUCGACACUCUAGAAGUCAAGAUGCAAUAGGUAAAUAUGUAGCAGAACAACUAAAUGCUGCUGACAGAAUGGAUAUUACAGAUAACGAAAUAAACGGUGUUGAAGUAAUUUCCUCUCCUGAAAUAAGAAUUUCACCUUCAGUAGAACAUGUUAAAGUUGCUCGCCUAGCCCCAAAAAUACAACUUAAAAAAAUGAAAGCUGAGGCAGCACAAUUACGAGAAUUAGAAAAGUGUAAUGCGGAAAAAACAAAAGAUGACUUAAUUUCUACGUUUACCUUGACUGAUUUUUCAGAAAAUAUGACUGCCAAUGUUACAGAACGUAGUGUUGAGAACCCUAAUUCUGAAAAUUAUAACAAUACCGAUGUCAACUGCAGCAGUAAACAUGUUGAAAGAAUUGAAAAAGAUUCUACAAAUCCAGAUCCUGACUCCAUAAAUGAGAUAAAUAAAUCAGAAGAUAUAAUAAUCGAUCAAAAAACUAAUGAAGAUCUCAAUAAAGAAAUUAAAAACGACUCAAAAGAUACUUUGCUAGAAAACAUAUUGAAUAAUUCACACAAGAAGGAUAUUGAACCAAUUAUAAAGUUUCCAGAUAGUGAUCUUCAAAAACCUUAUGAACCUUUUAUGAAUGAAUCUACUGCAUCUGCUGUUGAUGCAUUAUUAAGUGUUUCUCGAGAAGCUGAUAGAGUAACUAAGGUAAUAAGUGAUGAUCCCCCUGAAGAUUUAUUUGAAGAUGAUAUAAAAGACAAUAAUAUUUCUAAUAACGUAAAUGGCUACAAAGAAAUAGACUACAAAGGCAAAGAAAUAGAUGAACGCCAGGAAGAAACAUAUAAAUCAUCUAAUAAAGAAGAUGAAAAACAUGAAAUUGGAAAUAUAAACAUUCAGGCCCAACAAGAAAAUGUUGAUAUUUUAUCAAAAAGUAGUCCAGAUGAUAUUAAUAUUUUGGAACCUUCAAAUAGUAAGGUCGAAAAAAGUAUUACUAAAGAAGUUGACAUUAGUGAAUUAUUAUCCAACCAUGAUUGCAGCUCAAAAGUGGAAUUAAAUGAAACAAGUAAUAAUUUUCCCAUUGAUAGUACUCCAUCUGAAUCAGAUUUACAAGUAGCAGAAGCUCUAAUAAAUUUACCAACAACAACUUUGAAUAAAGUGCAAGUUAAAAGUCAUAAUGAAGGUGGCACCCUAGAUAUACCAUCAGAAGAUAUCCUCAUUCACAAUAAAGAAGACUUAAACUUACAGAAAGAUGAUACUGAUGCUAAAGUUGAUAUAAGUAAUUCUGUUAAUAUUGCAGUUUCACCAGAUGUUCUUGUUGCUUCGAAUAAUGAAAAUAUUAAUUCACGUUUUGAGACAGAACAAGAAAAAUGUGAAAACUUAAAUGCAGCUCAAUCAUUAGUUCAGAUGUCAGAAACAAUUGACCAUAAUAUAAAAAUUCCUGACAUAGAUUUGCCAAAUAAAGUAAGUGUGAAAGUCAAAGAAAACGAAAUAAAAGCAAGUUCCUUAAAUGAAGAACAAAAGAAUUCAACAAGUGAUUGCAAAAUAGAUCUUGUGACAGUUUGUAAAACUCCAGAGUUAGAAAACAAUUCAUCAAAGUUGUUAAAAAUCUUAGAGGAACCACGCUUACCUAAAUUAACUCCAGCCAAAAAAACCAUUACAAAACAAAUUAUUGUUCCCGGAAAAGAAAAAAUUUUAAAUUUCGAUGUUGGAAAGUCGCCUAUAAAAUCCAAACCAGAAUCUCCUAAACAAAAAAUCAUUAUACGUCGUACUACACCUAAUAAAAACCUAUUAAAUAAUAUCACUGAAGUUACUACACCUGAUAAAAUUAUAUUAUCUCGUUCUAACAAGACCUCACAGGAUGGAUCUUCUGUCCAAACAUAUACAAUUCAAACAACAACAGAUUCACAAUCCGUUACAGAUACGAAUACCAUUAUUAUUCAACCGAAAAUUCGUAAAAUAACGAAGCCGAUAUCUAAACUGCAGAAAAUAAAACCACAUAAAACUUCACUUGUAAAUGAAAAUAAAACAGUUCAAACUAAGAGCAAGGAAGAGGCUUUGUUUGAUAUAAAUUCAAUGCCUAUAGUCAUUUCUGAUGAUAUUUUAACUCCAGAAAAUAUCGAGAAAAUGCCAAUAGUGAUGACAGAUGGUAACAUAAUCACAAAUUCUAGUAACCCGCCUAAACUUGUAAAGACGAAGCAAACAGUGGUUGAAAAUGAGAAAAUUCCCAUGAAUAGUACAUUGACUUCAAAAGCUGAAAUGAAAACUUUACUGUUGAAUCCAAAUAAUGAAGUUUCUAAAGUUACAACCCCUAAUAUCCUUUCUAAAUCAUCAAAAUUACGGGGUGCCAAGCCCAUGUUAGUUAUUGAUAAAACAACAGGUAAACAAAAAAUUAUUAUGACAAAAUCUGAACCUACAAUAAAAGAAAUUAAACAACCUCAAACAUUGAUACAGUCAGUCCCUCAAAAUACCCCAAAAACAGAAAAGUUUAUAAUUUUGCCAACGCCGAGUUCACCUCGUCCGAAUAGAACUCAAAAAAUUGUAAUUGACCCACAAACUGGAAAAGCUCACGUUCUUGUCGGAAAAGGACCAGACACCCCCUCAACUGCAGCUGAAAAUAAACCUGUUUCUGCAAAACUUGUACCAUCUAUUUCAGGCGCUAAUACUCCUGGAAAUACUGUAAUGAUUAUAACAAAUGCUGAAGGAGCUCAAUCAAGAAUAGUUCUAACUCCAGAACAUGAAAAAAUUUUAUUUCCCAACAAGCAACCUAAUUUAUCACAACUUAAAACUUUUACACAUCGUAUUACGUCAAAUUCUGGAUCAGUUCAAAAAACUUUAGUUUCUACAGGGGCAUCUACCAAAACUCAAACUCGAAUUGUGCCGAAACAAAAAAGCGCUAUCAUUACUUCUAAAGGACAACUAAUAGUAGGAGGGCGUAUAGCUACAACAUCACAAAACAUAGCUCCUCUUCCAGAAAUAAGGCCAGCGCCUAAACGAGUAUUAACAACAGAACCCAAAAAACUUGUUCAAGCUAUACAAAAGAAUUCAUCAGAACCUUUAAUAUUUUUAAAACAAAAGUCUGGUGCAGUAAUGCAGUUAACUGCAGCACAAUUUGAACAUUUACAAAGAACAGGACAAAUAAUACAGAAAACACCAACACCUUCUCAGGAAAAUAAAAUAAUAGUUCAAAAAUCUAUUACUAUAUCUCCUACAGAAACAGUCGUUCCGACGUUACAAAAGCAGAGAGUGAGAAAGCAAAUCAGCGAAUCACCAACUCCAACAAAAAAAAUAAAGCAUGAGAUAGCAAUUGCGCCUGCACCAAUUUCAUCAAUGCCAGCACUCGCUCCGUUUUCUAAUACAAGUGCACCUCCUCAGGUUCCUAAUGUUUCUAGUACAACAAACAAUGCAUCCGCCUCCAACUUCGCCGAUUUAGAUAAUUUUGAAGAACUCUUACCAUCGACAGCAAUUGCAAGACAAGAAUCAUUGUUAGCACAACCAGAAAUUUCUACACAACCUUCUCCUGCUCCUCUUUCAGAUGGACAACUGCUGGCAGUACCUGGAGAACAUUUUGGAGGACCUACAGGAUCGUUUUAUCUUUGUGUAGAGGAAAAUGGAACAUUUACAGUUAUAGACAAUCGGCCAUUAGUUCUUGAAAAUAGUCAGCUCGUACCGAUGGCUGAACCAUUACCAGUAAUUGCUCCCCAACCAGAACGUAGGGACAUUUUAGAAGCGGCUUUGGCCAAUAGUGACGUUUUUCACGCUGAAACUACACGGGAUGAUGCACCAGACUUUAGAGACCUAAAUGCUAAUGUUUCUGUUCAUUGUCGCGUGUCGGAAACUAGCACAACACUCAACCAACCAAUUAUGACACCUGUGGAAGUUCCAACAAAAGGUGACAGUGAACCAACAGUGCCUACUAAUUUAGAAGAUGGGUUAGCUGUUAUUGGUGUUACUCCUCAUACAGUACCAACGUCUUUGGAAUUACCGAUUACAGUUACUGAUCCUCGGAUAGCGCCGAAGACUACAGAUCCAUUGAGCAAUAACAAUUAUGGAACAUCGUUAUUAACAUCACCAAAUACAGAAAUUACAUUUACAACAGCAGAGGAGGCAGAUGUCCCCGUGGUGGGUCCAAUUUCUAUGCCCCUACUUACAGACGAAGAGGCUGGCGGAAAAUCGAUGCCAAUUUUAACAGAUGAUGUUGCUGACAGAACGGUUUCAUCGGUAGAAUCUACUAUAGAUUCGCCCUCAUCAAUUGAUGUGCGAGAGUCUGAGAACGAGGACAGCGGACAGUGGUCUCGGCGACUACUCACGCCUUGUUCUGAUACGUCUGAAACUUCUGCUGAAAUACCUUUACAACCUAACAUGCAAUUAUCUGUAAGUGAUUUAUCAGAAAACAGCUAAGUAUCUUAUUGCAAAAAGUUAUUUUUUUUUAAAUAAUAUUUCACGAUAAAUAUUUAUUAGUAAUUUACCCAUUUAUGAUAACUGUUAAAAAACGUGCAAUAGUUUAAGUUUUGACAGUUAUGUUAGCAAUAGGUUUGAAAAUUGUACUUUAUGUACACAAAUUUAUUGUGAUUUAUUAUUUUUUAUUUAAAAUAUUAAAAGUUACUGAAAGCUAAUAGAAAUUUUACUGACGUUCAGAACGUACGUGUGUAGGUGACAUUGUAAAUAAUAGAGUGUGAACUGAACUUCUAAGGAUGCUGUGCUGAACUAUAUCUGAAUUUUUCAUUCAAACAAAUAUCAUAAUAUGCAAUACUGCAUAGCAAAUAGGAUAAGGAUUAUGAUUGUAAAUUUAAAUUUAAUUAUGUAUUGUUGGAUCCGAUGUGUAUUAUAUUAAAAGUUAGGUAUAUUAUAAUAUUUUUAUAACCUUUAGUAAUCUUUUGAAUAAAAUAUUAAUUAGGUACAAUUCACAAAAUUUGUAUAUUGAUUAAUUCGUGCUAUUUGAUUUAUCUAUGAGCAAUUUAUGUUAUUUUCGGUUUAUGGAAACCGUCAAUCAUAAGCAUUAGUUCUCCGCCUUUUGGUGGCAAGCUAAGUGUAAAAUGAAUGUAAUAGUAUAUCUAAGAGUUAAAGUUAAGUACAAUACUUGUUAAAUAACUUUCAUGUUUAUGUCAAAGGCACAUAUUUGUUUGUUUGAGUGAUCUAUGUCAGAUUCUAGAUCAAACUAUAAAAAUGGAGUCUAGUAAUAUAAUUUUGUGUAGUCUAAGGUUUUAAUAAAUAAACUUUAUUCAAAAUUU